AUCUGGACUGAGCAGUGGAUGUGAAAAAAGUUUGGAGGUCUCGCUGAGAUCACUCCUCUCCAACUGGUUUAAUACAUGUUUUUUUUCCAUUUGGGGAGGCUUUUAGUUGGAGGUCCACAUCGGAAAUCAGUGUCUGUCUGAGUGUUUCCUCGGCUGUGAUUUCUCCAGUUUCUUUUUCUUUUCUUUUUUUUUUGUCCUGCAGGAAUACAGAGAGAAACAGGGAGAGAGAGAGCGAAAGAGAGAGAGAGAGAGGGGGAAACGGUCUGGCUGCUUGAAGAUUUGUUGCGACACCAAAACUUUGGCGACAUGAGCGCGCACGGCGGCGCGCCUCCGGCCGGGCAACAGAUCGUGCACGUCCGCGGGGACUCCCAGACGGAGCUGGAGGCCCUCUUCAGCGCUGUGAUGAACCCCAGCAAGGCGGCAAGACAGCCGUCCUCUCUGCCCAUGAGGAUGAGGAACCUGCCGGACUCCUUCUUCAGGCAGCCAGACUCCCGGGGCCACUCCAGACAAGCCAGUUCGGAUGGAGGUGUGUGCGGCUCCCUCACUCCUCAUCACGUCCGUGCCCAUUCCUCCCCUGCCUCCCUCCCAGUCAACUCCCUCUCCACUCAAGCAGCAGACGCGACGCCGAUCAUAACUGACGACGUUCCACUCCCCCAUGGCUGGGAGAUGGCAAAAACGCCUACUGGCCAACGUUACUUCCUCAAUCACCUGGAUAAGACAACCACUUGGCACGACCCCCGACUUUCGCAGCUUCAGUCGGCUGCAGCUCAGCAUCCUAUCUCUGGCACUCCGGUCCACGCCCACUCCCUCAGCAACCCAGCGCCCACUACGCAACCACAAAACAUCAAUCCAGAGACAGGUCCACUGCCUGAAGGCUGGGAGCAGGCUGUGACUGCAGAUGGAGAGGUGUACUACAUCGAUCACAUAAAUAAGACCACCGCAUGGGUCGACCCGCGUCUAGCCCAGAAGAUGAACCCUGGCAUCCUUGGCUUGGCACUGCAGCAAAGGCAGGAAAACGAAAGGCUCAGAUGCAAACAACAAGGCCUCCCUCCACAACUCACACCACAGGAGGCAGGAGGAAGGAACCAGAUGCCCGGCGGGAUGGACCAUGACAGGAACGCACAGACGCUUGUUCCGUCUCUAGAUGUCAGGAUCAGAGGCUCAAACCACGAACCUACACUUAAUGGCGCUCACUCUCGCAACGAAAGCACUGACAGCGGUCUGAGCGUCAGCAGCUUACCCCGCACGUCGGACCACAUGUUGAGCUCUGUGGAUCACAUGGACACUGGUGACUCUGGCGACAUCUCCGCGAUGACCUUACAGGACUCGAUGCCUGUGCUCCCGAUGUCUGAGGGUGAAGAGCUAAUGCCCUGCAUCCCCGAGGGUCUCAGUUCAGACCUUCUGAUGGACAUGGAGACAGUUCUCUCUGGGUCGCACAUGGACAGAGACAGCCUGCUCACCUGGCUAUAGACACACCCAGCACACUGCCCAAACGUGUUUUGACAUCAAAUCUUCGUACCGUGACUGAGAAUUCUGGAGAAUCAAAAGUGGAAGAGAACAACAUAACUGAGAGAACGUGCUACUGUUGUGUGAUGGAUACCUAACACUACUCGCACCCUGAGGAAAGACAAAACUCUGACUCUCACAGAGGGUGGUAAGCUGCUGGUAUUCUCCUCUUUUUGGGCCUGGUUUUACACAGAUGCUCCUUUCUUUUUAGUCAUCGACCUUAUAUGAUGCUCUGCACGUCUCUGACAGAGUGCACCAUAGCUAAUUUUAGAGGACAGAUUUAUUUUAUUAUCCCUACCUGGGUAAUAGUGUUUGCAGAAAACUGUGUCAUGUCAAUUAAGUUUGCAUGUAGCAGUUACAUAAAUGCAAGGAGACUUGUUAAAAUAACAUAGAAGUUGUAGUAAAGUAACAAAGUAUCAUAUCCACAUCCACAUUUCUUCAUAUAGCCUGUGGGAUAAAAGAGCAGCAUCUAGUGCUACUACCUCUAAGCAGCCUGUAAUUUGUUAUUUGUAAUGCACAUUCUCACAGUUGUCCAAACCAAGAGAGAGCAAGAGAUGAAUCAAAGAAUGUACUUGGAUAAACAUUACAUUGGUUGUCCCUGCUAAAAAAAAAAAGAAAAAGAAAAUCAUUCAUCAAAGCUCCUACCACUGCUACACAGAAACAUCUGGGUGGAGAGGACGCACCCUUGUGGUAAACCUGUAGAAGAAUAAGAACACUAACAAGAGUCCUUUUCACUCUGAAAUGUUAAAAAGUUAAAAUGCUCACAAACCAAUAAACUAUAUUAAAACCU